AAGAGAUAUUUUCCAUUUUUAUUUUUCGUUGAUAAUUAAAUUAACGGAUACUAUCGAAACGGAUACCAUUCGCAUUCGCAUUCGCACGAAUUUAAUUCGGCAGAAUGUCGGUAAGUUGGAGUACCUGAGGGAACUUAAUUUGGCCGAUAACAAGUUGAAAAGAUUGCCAAACGUAUUCACGAAAAAUUGCAACUUGAAGUACGUCAAUCUGGCGGGCAACCGGUUGUAUCGUAUAAAGGUACUGUUCACCCUCCCCAGAGAGAGAGAGAGAGAGAGAGAGAGAGAGAGAGAGAGAUUAGCUUCCUUCCAUUUUCGUUUCCCGCGAUUCUUAAUUAUAUUUCAGGACAUAAAAAGUUUGCGGCCAUUGGAAAAAUUGGAGUCGGUAGUUUUUAACGAUCCACUUUACGGCGACUGCCCUAUGGCACGACUUUGCAAUUAUCGCUCAUACGUUAUAUAUUGGCUUCCCCGAAUAAACAGACUCGAUCAUUAUCCGAUAAACGACGCGGAAAGACAUUGGAUCGAUUCUUUUUUCGAGUAUACUUUCGUUUCCAUCUUUCUUUCGUUAUUUCUUUAAUUUAACCGAGACCAAGGUGAAAAUAUUAUUACGUAAGGAAGAAGAUGAUGCGUUGCAAGGUGUUGCUGCACGAUAAUAUAAACGUUUAUUUCAAGUCGUUGAAGGACAUACAUGAGAAAUAUCAGGAAAAGGAGAAACGUCUUAAGAAGUUACUGCACGAGAUUGGAACGUUGAGAUUACAGGUGAGACCGUACAAUGUCACUAUCCUGUAACGUUUAUCGUUAAACAGUCUAAAAGUUUCCAAGUGACGUUAAAAGAAAAUAAUGAAGAAUUGAUCGCUUCGGAGGGACGAGCGUCGUCGCUCGUUGAAUGUCAGGAACAAAGAUUAAAGGAGAGAGAAGAAAUGGCCUCUCUGUGUUUUCAAGUAAUAAACCGUAGUACGCGUUGUCCGCGUUGUGCGCGUUGUAAAUACAACGUUGCGUUUAAUAUUAAUCAUUUUCGUUAGAUUACUUGUCGACAGUUAAAAUUGCACAUGCGCCACUGCGGUAAUCUAUAUCUACGAGAACAUAAAAACAACGGCGAGGGUUUAAUGAAAAUUUGUCAGACGACUCUGGAGGAAUCGUUGUGUCCUUUCGCGAACAAGUAAGAUGUUCGAAUUUCUAUAAACGUAUAUUGCCAUCAACGUUCCCCAUUGAUCAGUGUCACGGGUAUAACGGGGAUAUUAUUGUAUCGGGUUACGGAGAUUUUUCACAAGGAGAUCAGCGAGUAUCGUAUUUGGAACGAUCAAGUUGAGGAUUUAUGCAAAAACGAGAAUGGUUCGAAGCUUCUAGCCAUUGCAUCAGGAGUACGAAGUAUUCGGGAAUGGCCGAUGAACGUGCUCAAUCGCGGAUUUUAUAAACAAGUAGCGAAACUAAUCUGUAAACCGCCAUACUUUUUUCUUUUCUUUUCUUCUUUUUCUUUUUUUUUCUUUUUUUUUUGUUCUUUUUCUUUGAUCUUUUUUUUCUAGAAAAGAAUCCGCCUAACGAAUUGUUCGGCCAUUGCCGACUUUAAAUUUCACGAGAAACUUUCGAAGCGAGAGAAGACAAAGACAGAUCCCUGCGAGAAACGAAGGAUUUCUAUACUUUUGCGCGUACCUUUUCAUCGUUGUACCGUGACGUAAGUAUCCUUAUUUCUCGAUUCGUGACAGCUUGAAUCGCAUCUGAAUCGACGUACGCGCGGUUAAGGGAACGAUACACCGACGAAUUUCAUCGAGCGAAAGCGAGGCAACGCGAGAACGUUCACCGACCGUGCCAAAUGUACGUCCUGACGAGAGAAGCAAACUUGUCGGACGCGAUAUUCGUGGCCGAAUACGAAUAUGUAUUCGAGGUAUUGAAAUAUCUGUAAGCGCACAUACAUUGUACGUUACGUACUGGACGUAUAAUGAAAAAAAGAAAAAAAGAAAAAAUCUUGUACCGCAUAGAACGAUUCGAUCGAGAACGAUAGGAGGAAGGAGAAAAUAGAAUGGGGUGCGAUGAUGCAUCCACCGGCGUCCUCGUCAUUCGAACGUUUAACCAAACGCAAGAUCUCGUUGUGCCUUAGAAUCGAUGAGGAGAAACUUCUGACAUUGAGAAAAAUAUGUUUAUCCGGGCAAGGUAUAAAGAGCCUGCUUGAGUAUUCACUCGAAUUGCCGAACUUGAGGGAACUCGACCUUUCCUACAAUCGUCUUGAUGAAUUUCCAAAUUGGCGAAUGAUCGUUCACGUUAAGAAAAUGAACGUCAGUUUCAACGACAUACGGUCGAUCAAGAUGAAGGAGAAAUUGUUCGCGUUGGAGGAGCUUGACCUUUCGUGGAAUUGUUUGACGAAAUGCAGAAAGAGUCUCGAAACGUUGAAAACGCUCGUUCCGAGCCUAAAGACAUUAAACCUCGAAAGAAAUCCUUUCUCCGACAUUGUCGAACGCGAUAAGAUCGUCCUAUUGACCGGUAUAUACUUUCCCAAUAGGACCGAGGAUAAUUCGUUGGAAGGUAAAUCGUUGGUAAAUGAAAAGAUUUACGGCCUAAAGGUAGUCCGCAAUACUUUGGCGGAGCUUUACGAUGGUCGACAAACGACCAUUCCUAUGUCCCACUCCCCGAUCGGCCGGGUGCACCUGAAGAAGCCGUCGGUGCAUUUGACACGAUUACAUCUGAUCGACAAUUGCAUAACCGAUCUCGACGGUCUCACGCAGGAACACUUGCCGAGAUUGAAGUGCCUCGAUCUUACGAACAAUCUAAUAACGUCCUUGCGACCAAUGGGCUCGUACAAGACGAUAAUUGAGUUUUAUUGUGCCCACAACGAGAUUAGGAGAUUGCACGAAAUCGAGAAUCUUAAAAACUGGGAAAAAUUACAAAUCGUCGAUCUUAGCUACAAUCCGAACGAAUCCGCGAUUUCUUACAACGACUUUCUCAUAUUUCAUUUGAUCGAUCUAAAGGUAAUAAUUUCCUGCGUUAAUUCGUUCAACUAAGUUCGCUUCUCGUUUAUUUCCCCCUAACCUCCUCCCCCAGUAUGUUUCCGGACAAUGCGUGGAAAGGUCGAGCAUUGUAGAAGCGAGAAACGUCCUUGGUAAUAUAUUGGAUCAAACGAUGUUGCUGACGAUGAAUCUUGCUGAAAAAUUGACGAAUGUCAGACAAUUGGAUGUCGUCAGGUGUUCCAUAAAAAAGGUCGUUUUCGAACGAGCAAACCGUUUGAAAAAUCUUUGAAAAUAUUUUCCGUCGUUCUUUCACAGAUAAAUUUACCGUCGUAUUUGUUACCUCAUUUGGAGAGCUUGGACCUGAGUAGAAAUCAUAUUAUCUCCCUCGAGAGUCUAAAUGCUCUUCCGAAAUUGAAAACUUUACGUAUGAGUUACAAUCGUUUGGAGACCCUACAUCUGGAUAAAUCGAACGAUACCUAUGGCUUUUUAAAUUUGUCCACUUUAUACUUAGAUCAUAAUCGUAUCAGCUCAAUAACGUUGGCCGACGACAGCCACGUAUUCCCAAUGUUGAAAUAUCUCUUUUUGCAUCACAAUAAAUUGGCGAACGUACGCGGUACGUUCCGCUUCGUUUAAUUUUUUCAUUAAAUCUAUUUUAUAUGAAAAUCGAUUAAUGCGGCUCAUCCACUCGUUUCAAGACUUACGAAGGAAUUCCAGCUUGGAAAUUUUAAUAAUAGAUCACAAUAAAAUAGAGACGAUGGACGUCGAUUCUUUCCACGAGGAUAAUAACAUUGCCUGCUUGUCGAUCGAGAGCAACAAAAUCCAAGAUUUGCGCUUCGUCCAAAAACUCUCGUCUUUGAAAAAGCUUCACAUAGCUGACAAUCUUAUAGCGAAGGAAAACGAGCUUGACUAUUUAACGUCGUUGAAAAACUUGGAGGAAUUGACUCUCAUGGGCAAUCCACUGUCGGAAACGAUGAAUUAUUAUAAAUUCGCUUUACACAGUUUGUCCAGAAUAAAAAGUAUCGAUGGAUAUAGUCUGUUGAAUAAGACUUGCGGCUGCAAUGAUCCUUUCGCCUAUGGAUGCCUGGAAACGCAAUCAGAAAACUGAUCGUUAAUCGUCUUAAAAAUCAAUGUUCAUUGAUAUUAAUCUCGAACAAAUAUACACGAUAAAAAUUCAUUUCUUUAGUCAUUCAAAUUUUCGUGGAAGAUCAUAGAUCUGUGUGAUCUACGACGCGUAAAAAGAAAUCUGUUUUAUCGGCUGAUACGUUUACGAUUAUAAACUUUCAAAACUUUCUAAUCGGACAUUCGGUCUCACGUGAUACGCCGCUACGAAUUUGAUCGCUGCCGUCGUCAGACAGAGGCGUAUAUAUUUCGCGUAUGUGAGGAAGAUAAAGCCCAACCUUAUGCCCAGAGAUGUAUUUGACAAGUUGCAUUGGACAUAAUUCUUUGUUGAUUAAUCUCUUUGUACACUUGUCAUUUUUCUAUCAUGCAUCAACAGG